AUGAAUAAUCAGGACAGGCAUACAAUCCUCACUUUCUUGGACAAACUAGUGAGCAACACUAACUACUCUACUUUACGGAAUGAGUGCAUUAAACGUAAUAUGCUUUCCCAGACGAUGGUAUCUAGAAUCGAAAGCAUUGCCCAUGAUGAGUUGACUAGGCAUAAAAAGUUAUUCGACAAAAUUACGAAACGUGGUCCAAAAGCCUUUGAUGUCCUGCUCGAUAUAUGCCAAAAGGAGUUCCCCAAAGCAUAUCCCUUACUUAAGCCUUCCUCGUAUGAUCAUCAAAUGCAUUCCACACAUAAUCCUCAACGUGUGCGAUCAGUAAGCUGUAACGUUCCCCCAAAACCAUACUCAUUCCGCAGUCAAGGUGAUGUAGAAGAUGGCAAAAACAACAACCUUGCUACUAGCGUAUUGAUGGAAGAAAGCAAAUGUAUGCUUCAAGUGUAUCCGGACAUACUACCCACAUCUUUCUCGGUAAAACUAUCUAGAGGACCAAUUGAAACUCAUCCAAAAGUAUCGUCAUAUCCAAUGAAAAGUCGCAACAGAGGAGUUGCUUUUAUUGUAAACGUAAUAACAUUCGUAAACGAUAUACGCUCCAAACGAAAUGGCGCUGACAUUGACGCCAGAAAUCUAAUCUCCGUGUUUCAGCAGUUAGGCUUUAUUGUGUUUUAUUAUGAAGAUAUUACAUCGGCUGAUUUAAACGAAUUAAUUGGACAACUGAAGGAAUCACAAUAUUUCCCGUGUGAUUGUUUUGCCUUCUACAUUCUUUCUCAUGGUGAGCGCAUGAAAGGAAGUGAUUACAUCUACAUGCAUGACAAUUCAAUACUACGUGUUGAAGACCUUCUUACAAAAUUUAAUACGGUAAACUGUACCAAACUCGUCCGCAAGCCGAAGCUAUUCUUCAUUUCGAUAUGCCGAGGACUUCAAUCUGACCAGGGGUCAUACCGUUUAUCAACAAAUACUGAACGUGAUGGAAUGGUAGAUUCAACGAAACCGCUACCUUCAAACAUAGCAACAUACUGUGACAUGUUAGUCUGCUAUGCCACUGUUCCCGGAUUUGCAGCCCAUCGAGAUACCAACACAGGAUCCUGGUUUGUUGAAAGCAUGUGCAAGAUCUGGUCCGAACACGCACAUGAUACGGAUGUUGAGAUUUUAAUGAAACUAGUAGGUGAUUAUGCAUCAACAUAUCGUACUGAAACGGCAGCGUUGCAAACAAUUUGUACUGAACAAAGAGGAUUCUUUAAGCAACUCUAUUUGAAUCCUGGUUAUUAUGAACAACCAUCAGAUAUAUUUGAUUGA